GUGCACAAAAUUUAGUGUUGUCGUAUAGGUGUGUACGAAAAGAAACAUAAUGAGUUUGAAGAAGAUUUUAAAGAGACAGAAAACAAAUUACGGAAACGAGAUGCCAGUACGAGACGGCUCCAAAAAGUCACUAAUAGGAGUCAUUGACGAUGGUACCAAGACAGUCAGAUUCGUGAUAUACGAAGCAGAAAGAUCAGAAGAGUUAGUCUCACAUCAACUAGACAAAACAGAGAUCCAGCCGCAGGAAGGAUGGUACGAACAGGAUCCUAUGGAAAUUAUACAUCAUAUAAAAAUAUGCGCAGAAAAUGCUAUCGAACAAUUAAAUGAAUUUGGAUACACGAAAGAAGAUAUAGUUGCAUUGGGUAUCACAAAUCAGAGAGAGACUACGAUAGCGUGGGACAAAUUUACCGGCGAACCCUUACAUCCAGCUAUAAUCUGGAACGAUAUCCGCACAGAUAGUACGGUAGACGCAAUACUAGCAAAAGUACCGGAUCGUAAUAAAAAUUAUCUAAAAAAUGUAUCCGGUUUACCAAUCAGCCCAUAUUUCAGUGCAUUAAAAAUGAGAUGGCUUAAAGAUAAUAUAAAGGCAGUGAGACGAGCGAGUAGGGAUAAAAGGCUGUUGUUUGGUACUGCCGACUCUUGGAUUGUUUGGAACUUAACUGGCGGUCCCCAUGGAGGUCUUCAUAUAACAGACGUAACGAAUGCUUCACGGACUCUUCUUAUGAAUUUGGAAACUUUGAAUUGGGAUCCCAUGUUAUGUAGACUAUUUGGUAUUCAUAGAGAUUCACUACCACAAAUACGAACCAGCGCAGAAAUAUACGGUGUAGUCAAAGAUGGAUCGAUUUUAGACGGAAUCACCAUAUCAGGAAUUCUCGGGAACCAACAAGCAGCAUUAGUAGGUCAGAAUUGCCUUCAAGCCGGUCAAGCGAAAAACACAUACAGAAGCGGAUGUUUCCUACUCUACAACACAGGAACUAGGAGAGUUCAAUCAGCACACGGCCUUCUAACAACCGUGGCAUACAAAUUAGGACCUAAUUCACCGGCUGUGUACGCUUUAGAAGGAUCAAUCGCAGUAGCGGGUGGGGCGAUGAAGUUUCUCCGAGACAAUUUGAAGUUAAUAAAAGAACCUCAAGAGACAGAACAUAUAGCCGGACAAGUUUUUUCUACUGGAGACGUUUAUUUUGUACCCGCUCUUAAUGGAUUGUAUGCGCCAUAUUGGAGAAAGGAUGCUAGAGGUAUUAUCUGCGGUUUGACUGCAUUUACGACGAAAAACCAUAUUAUACGAGCUGCUUUGGAAGCAGUAUGUUUUCAAACUAGGGAUAUUUUAGAAGCAAUGAACAAAGACUGCGGAAUGCCUUUAUCCAAGCUUCACGUGGACGGAUGGAUGACUUCAAACGAUCUAUUGAUGCAAUUGCAGGCUGAUCUCACUGGGAUACCAGUUUUGCGUCCCACAUCGUGGGAUAUGUCAGCGUUGGGCGUGGGUGUGGCUGCUGGGCAUGCGGUCGGAGUGUGGGCAAUCGAUCGUUGGAAACAUACCGCUAUAUCCUCACAUACCUUUCUACCCACCACUACUGACGACGAUCGCGAUGCGAGGUACACAAAAUGGAAGAUGGCGGUACAGCGGUCACUUGGAUGGGCGACCACUAAGAAAUCCAUCACAAUGACAGGUUUGAAAAGAAAAAAUAGCAUUUUAUCAAGCUCCGAUACUUUGACACCGCCCGACAGUAGACAAAACUCCUUGGACAAAAACGUACCCAUAGACGAAGGCGUAGACAAUUCUAUAGAGGAACUCAUACAAUAUUCGGCUCGAAAGUUUUCGGUAUUUGUGCCCUUGCAAGUGCCAAAAGACGAACACACAAUUUUAGACGACUUAGAGUAUUUUAUGAAUAAAAAGGAAUGCGAUUACGACAUGUGCCAGUGUUGCGAGAGUAAAAAAAAAUUGCAUACAGAUUGGAAAACGAUUGAAGAGAUAAUUGAGAAUGAUCCGGAAAUUAUUUUCGAUAGCGAUGACAAUCCAAUAUUUGUCGAGCCGAAAAAUGAUCAUAUGUACGAACCAACGCCGGUUAUUGGGAAUAGUAUGAAAAAAAGAUUGCAGUUGGAGAAAAUACCGGUCAUAUUUAAAAAUAUCUGCGAUAAAUUAACUGACACGUCUCUGACGUGAAUUAGACGAAAUAAGACAUCGAAUAUUCAUAUUUUAAAACCUCUCCUGUAGUCAGUAUUGUUCCAUAAAUGUAUCACGUAUAUAUUUUUAUUAUAAUUUAAAUAUUAAAUAUAUGUAACGGUUCACGUACAUUAAGGGUACUAACUUGACCUCAAAAUAAACGUAUUAUUUUACCUA